CUAAUUUCUCCGCAAUGGCCAAGGUUCCCUGCGUACGAGCCACAAAGUUCAAUACUCAGCAUCACGCGAGAUGCCUAGCAGAUCCGGGGUCGUCCAAAGCUCGUGUUGCGGGCUGGGCUCAGUUUGCCUCUCGAGCUCGGUCAUGCAAAUCCCCCGAGUGCAGUCAAUGGCAGAAAUGCGUCUCCGCCAUGUUGCGUUCCCUCUCGACUGCUUGUCGAUCCAGAGCCAUUUACGACUCCUUCAAAUAUCGCAGCUGGCAUCCUCCUUGACAUAGCUCUAUCACUCUGUUGAUUGCCAGAGACUUCAGCUUGCUCACCUUCCCUACCGUAUUGGUAACCUCGGGGUAUUGCAAGUGUAUGCUCACAAGGUCCUUGUUUCUCACCUGACGACCUCCUUGCCGGCCGCUACUCGGUGCACUCCUCCUACGAUGGCCUCCCGAUUCUCCAUGCGCCGGCUACUCAAGCCGUUGGCGUACGGCACAGGUCUGGCUGCGGCGGGUACCGCAGGCAUGUAUAUUAUCUACCGUCCUCGAAACGUCCCGGGAGCAGAAACGCUCGCGCCGAAACCGCCCAGGAGAGACGAGCACGGAAACAUCAUCCCACCCAAGUUCCCCUACAUCAAGACGAGAGCCGAACAGAUUGCCGACCUCAAGAAAUCCUCCUCGACGCCGUCCUCCGAGAUUUACGACCUUCUCGUUAUUGGCGGCGGAGCUACGGGCACAGGCAUCGCCCUCGAUGCAGCCACCAGAGGCUUGAAAGUGGCAAUCGUGGAAAGAGACGAUUUCAGCAGCGGUACAAGCAGCAAAUCCACCAAACUUGUCCAUGGCGGAGUUCGAUAUCUCGAAAAAGCAGUGUGGAAUCUGGACUACAAUCAAUACCAGCUUGUCAGAGAGGCUUUGAGAGAGCGAAAGAGUUUCCUGUACACGGCGCCGCAUCUGUCGUCCUGGCUACCGAUUAUGCUGCCCCUGCAGGCGUGGUGGCAGGCACCAUACUUCUGGGCGGGAACCAAAUUCUACGAUUUCCUGGCUGGCUCGGAGGGAAUCGAAAGCUCUUACUUUCUACCUAGAAGCAAGGCUCUAGAAGCAUUUCCCAUGCUGAAGAAGGAGAAUCUCAUCGGUGCUCUCGUGUACUACGAUGGCCAGCACAACGAUUCAAGGAUGAAUAUUUCCCUGGCCAUGACCGCGACAUUGUACGGGGCCACGACAGUCAACCAUUUGGAAGUGACAGGCCUGGAGAAGGAUGCGAACGGCAAAUUGACGGGUGCCAAGGUACGAGAUCUGAUUGCAGACAAGGAUGGAAAACGCAACGGCGAAGAGUUUGUUGUCAAAGCGAAAGGCAUCAUCAACGCGACAGGACCAUUUUCCGACGCCAUCCGGCAAAUGGACUCUCCCAGUGACAAGGAGAUUGUUGCACCGAGCUUGGGUGUGCAUGUUGUUCUGCCCGGAUACCUCAGUCCUGAAAAUAUGGGCCUCAUCGACCCCUCUACAUCUGAUGGGCGUGUCAUUUUCUUCCUCCCAUGGCAAGGUAAUACCAUCGCCGGGACGACAGACGCUCCUUGUGCCAUCUCCCAGAACCCAGUGGCUGGAGAGAAAGAUAUUGAAUGGAUAUUGAACGAGAUUCGGACGUAUCUUACUCCAGACAUUGACGUCCGGAGGUCGGACAUUCUUGCCGCCUGGUCAGGUAUACGUCCCCUUGUCCGUGAUCCCAACUCGAGAAAGACGGAAUCGCUUGUCCGGAGCCAUCUUGUUACUGUCUCAGACUCAGGGCUGCUGACCUGCGCCGGUGGCAAAUGGACGACAUACCGACAAAUGGCUGAGGAUGCGGUUGAUAAAGCGAUUGAAACAUUCAAGCUACAACCGAAGCCAACCGCCUACGUUCCGGACAUCAGCGGUGUCAAUGGGAUUGAUCCUUCGGUUGGACUUCUCAAUGGAACGUGUCAAACGCAUCAUAUCCGACUAAUUGGAGCUCACGGGUACUCGACAACUCUUUUCAUCAACCUUAUCCAGCAUUUUGGCCUCGACCCAGAUGUUGCCAAGCAUUUGGCCAGCGACUACGGCGACCGAGCCUGGGAUGUUGCGGCGCUGGCUUCUCCCACCGACAACACCGAACACUAUCCCCUUCGUGGUCAGCGACUAUCAUCGUUGUAUCCAUUCAUUGACGGUGAGGUCCGCUAUGCCGUGCGCAGCGAAUACGCGCAAACCGCAGUCGAUGUCCUCGCAAGACGUACCAGAUUGAGUUUCCUGAAUGCACAGGCAGCGUUACAUGCUCUGCCCAAAGUGAUUGACAUCAUGGCUGAAGAAUUGAAGUGGAGUGAGAAGAGAAAGCAGGCGGAGUGGAAAGAUACUGUUGCGUUUUUGGCCAGCAUGGGAUUGCCUAGCGAUAUGCUCCAGAUCACCCGUGAACAGGUCUUGCAGGGAGAAGUGCCUUCGCGGAUUCUCGCGCCCUUGAAAGGUAGCUCAGCAGGUCCUGUGCCUCUGAGACCGACGCUUGAGCCUGCAUCGGAGGCACACGGGCCUUUACCAUGAGCGUCUUUUGGUUUAGUAUGUGAUGAUCUGGUGGCCGGGUCGGCUGGAGCACAACAAAAGUGAGAACAAUUAAGAUUGAUACCCGCAGGACAAAAGCAAGGCGCUUGGAGUCAGUGGUUAGUUGUGCAGGAAAAGGGCUAUGGCUAAAUUGAACGUCAGAUGACUGAGGGUAAUGCAAUAUCCAAAUACCUACUUAUAUUUUGUACAGAAUCUUGGAAACCGGUUCAACUUGAAAAGUUCUCCCGUGACAUCGCUUUCCGGGAACAGAGCGUCACAAUACAUAGAAUAUCAGUCAAGGUGCCGUCGCUCUGCCUUUUAAAGCGCCAACAUAUGUAACGAGACCAAAAAUAUUUCCACCGUACUCAC